AUGUCAGCCCUACGAGCAAUGUUUGACCUGAUACUAAACUUUUGUUCUGUAGGGAAUUUAUUACGGGAUCAGGGACACACACACACACACACACACACUGCAGAAAACAGUGCUGCCGCCGCAGCAGGUGGCGCAUCAACAGUACUGAAAAAGCCCCAAGAAUUGCCAUGGUGGGACAAUGUUAACCUCGAUGGGAAGCCUCAGCAGUAUUGUACAAGGAUGAUCGGCGAAUGCAAGAGGAUAUUUUGUGUCCCUCAGACGGACAUGCGAUGGGAGAAGCCUGUACUUUGGGACCUGUCAAGAUUUGAGGUGGUGUAUGAGACGAAAGGUACUAUAAGUAUUUUUAAGUACUACUCCUAACUUGCUUAAAAUGCUGAUGGAGGUCUAUGAGACGUAGUGUCUACUAUAGCUUGAAGUCUCUCGUAUGAGACGAAAGGUAAUGCCAGAGGGUUUUUAUUGAUUCGAAGCACUUUUCUUUUUAUUCAUUCGUUGGCCUAUUCUAGUACUCUAACUAUGCUUCUUUAUUCCGUUAUUGUCUUACUGGAAACCAGCAGUAGCACUCAGCAAAGGAAAAAGGAAAGAGGAGUAGAGAAAGAAGCCGUACCUGCAAAACAGUGCACAUCUAAUUAAACGGUCUUUCAUACCCCAUGAAUGGGUACACUACUACUACUACUACAUAUCCAAACCUGCGUAACAUCUAAAUCUCCUUUCAGGCAUGGACAAGGAUUCGAAAUUACGCAAGGACUGUGAAGAACAGAACUUAGAGGGUAUCCGUUUUGAAGUGAAUAUUCCAGAAAAAUUUCCGAUGGUGCCACCUAUGGUCCGAGUUUUGCAUCCGAAGAUUCAAGGAGGAUUCGUCUUUCGUAGUGGUAAGUACUAGUAUAAGUAUAAACUUUACCGUUGAGCAGGUUCAUUUUGACUGCCUUCUUCGCAUCCUCAGCGAGAGUUAGGGUAUUCAUCGAAAUAAAACUGAAAUAAGCAAGAAGUAACUCCUGAUCAUCCGAAUAACCGAGACGAGACUGACGAGAAGGAAGAGUAGCCUUGACGUUAUAAGCUACGCCCCUUAUUUCAGUCAGUAUUUAUUGCUUACAACAGGUGCCAUCUGUUUCGAGCUUUUGACCCCAAAAGGGUGGGUCACGACGAUGGGGCUGCCCUCAGUCGCUGUUGCGUUGAUUGGCCUAUUCGCGGAUCCGACUCAUCCUGCGCGAGUAGAGAAGGUGGGAAAGGAUUUGAGGACGAUUCCGGAUUACACUUAAGACGACAUGGAUUCAAUCAUUCUUCUGUUUAAAAAGACCACUAGACUAGUAGUGCUUAUACUAUAUUAAUUCGGGUAUUACUAUAUUGACUCGGGUAUUCAACUAGUGCUUAGAGGACUAUAAUUCGGGUAUUGAAUAUUCGACGCGGAUUUAAUGACGAUUUUUCGGGUAUAGUGCUUAGACUAUAUUAAUUCGGGUACUUAUUCAAUCAUUCGUAGUUUCUUUUCCACGGAAAGUGUGGAUACUCAGACACAACUGUAAGUUGUACCUGUAGAAAUUCCUGUAGGUUGAACUUGAUGCACGACUUUGCCUAAAAAUCAUUCGAAUUAUAACAUUGAUUUCAGUGCACUUCGUUCUGCUCAAUGUAGUCCACAGCGAUCAUUUUCAUUUCUCUCUCUCUACAAAAAACAAGGAGUUUCACACAACUUGUAGUUUCUCAGAAGUUUUUCUUCUAAUAUUCACGAGAAGCGGCUGAAAAAGAGGUGCAGCAUAUCAUCAAAGCACACGAUGGCGGUUCCUCAUGGGGACAAAAAAUCAAAGAUAUGAAAAGCUAGCUGAAUUGCGGCACUGUAGUCUUCGGACCAUGAUACAUGAAUGAAGAGCAGGGAAGAUAGUAAGUAUUUCUGACAGAUAGAAACCCUUUCGGCCACCACGCUCCUUAUAGUAUAUGGUUAUAAAGAUCGGAAGAAGUUCUGACACAAGCUACGCGCACUGGUGAUACGCUGAAAGCAGUCACGAAAUCAGUCGCAGCCCUCUUUCUUUACAGUUCCAGUUAAGAUAGAUAUCGUAAAAGAGUCACAGGCUUGAACUAUGACAACCCGCUUCGUCCCCAAUGCCUUUCCCUAAGAUUCCAAACAUGAGAACCUGUGAAAACUCGAACAUCUAAUAAAUCAUUUUUCCGAGAAGAUCAAUGCGUUCUGCUAGAAGAUCAUCGUAAGUCAC